AUGUCAUAAGAGAUUUCUCCAAAAUAAUAGAAAAUUCUUUAAGAAGAAUUAUAAGAACAAAUUAAUUAGCCUUAAAUUGAAGCAUAAAAUCAUGAGGAAUAAUAAUUGAAAGAGAAUAUUUAAGAAAAAGUAGAUAAUUAAGAAUAGUAGGAUAAGUAAAUAAAAGCAGAAUAAUAAGUUGAAUAAGAUAUAGAAGAGAAGAAUAAUAAAUAAAAAUAAUAACAAACCUCUUCAAUUCAAGAAAGUACUAUUUAAAAAGAAACUUAAUAAGAGAAUACUUAAAAUGAAAAAAAAGAUCAAGAAAAUUAAGUAAAAGAUAAUGAAGAAAAAUAAGUAUUAAAUGAAAAAACUCCAGAAACAAUUUCAUCAAAUUUGGAUAAUUUAUUCUUAAAAGCAGAUCAUACUUUCCCAGUACUUUUAUUGAUUAAUUUUUAGAUUGAAAUAAAAGUAUCUGAUCCUAUUCAAAAAGUAGGAAGUAUUUCAAAUUAUGUAGUCUAUACUAUAAAAGGUAAAGAUUGUUUUGGAUAAUUUGAAACAUAAAGAAGAUUUAAUGAUUUCUACAUGAUUAGAGAAUUACUCUUAGCAAAAUGGCCUGGAUAAUAUAUACCACCAAUUCCUGAGAAAUCUGUAAAUGCAGGUUCAGAUAUAAUUUUAGAAAGGACAAGAUUACUUAACAUCUUUUGUAUGAAAAUGAUGUAGAUUAAACAUCUUUAUUAUUCUGAAGAAUUUUAUGAUAUAUUUUUAAGAUCAACUAAUCAAGAGAUUAGCAAAGUAUUUUGAUUCAUAUUACUAUAUCAUAGUAAAUAGCAUAGAUUCCUAAAUAAAAUGUAUUUGCUUACACAGAAAGAUAUAAAUAAGCAUUUCAAAUAACUGAAAUCAAAGAAAUCUCACCUGAAAUGAUUAAAAAAAUGAGUGGAGUUUAAUCCUUUUUAAAAUUAUCAUAAAAUUCUCUAACAAAAUUAUUAGAUUAAGCUAAAUCUAUAAGUUAAAGCAGAAAACAAUUAAAAGAAAUGUUUUUUACAAUUUUUGGAUUAAAUAUGAUUGAAUAUGAAAAGUAGACACUUUAAGAAGUGGUACCAUAAAAUAAGUUAAUUUUUGCAAACACUGCUAAUACAGAAAUUUUAGAAUUAGCUAAAAAAAUUGUAAUUAUAUAUCACUUAAUAUAGAGAGAUCCAAAUAAUAAUUCUCUUGAUAAAAUAUAAGAUUUAAUUUCUACUGAAUAAAGAGAUAUUGAAGCAUUUUUAUAGGCUUUUUAAACUAGAGAUUCUGUGAUGCAAUCAAAAUAAAAGGCAGAAUAAAAGUUAAGUGAAGAAUAAUCUGAUUUAUACAAAAUUAUGAAAGGAAAUUCAACUAUGAAAGGUUCUUUUAGUAAAUUAAGUUUAGAAGAAUAAAAAUAAAAAUUAGAACUUCAAUUAAAUGAAGUAAUUAUUAUUAUUCUACUCUUUUAGACACAAAAAGAAGUUGAUUAAUAUAAAUUAUUAUUUUAAUUAGUAACAGAUGUUUUAACUUCGUAUACAAUUGAUAAAUUUAAGAAAGACAAACAUUAAGCUUAUAAUACUAUAUUAGCAGAUUUAGCUUAAUGUGAAUUACAAUAUUUAGAAAUUCAAUAAUAAUUUUGGUCUAAAAUAGAAUAGGUAAUAAAAUAAAAUUAAGAACCUUGA